AUGCGUAGCCUUCUGUUUGCUCUGGUGGCGCAUGCAUCUGGUCUCGAUACAAGACAGCCACCAGAGCUGACUACGGUCACUAUUCGUUCGAUGACAAUUACAUCCACGAGGACGGUUACUACUAGUCCAGUCUCGUGGACAAAUACCUCCAUCCAGACCUUGCCCCCAAUCGAACCCUCUAUGGCGUCCGUCUCUAACAUCACUGGAGCAACGCUGGGUACAGGCGCUACAGAAGCAACUUCGGCCAUCACGGAGACCUCGAUUAGCGGGACUGGGGGCUCAUGUAUAACUGUUACCCCUAACCUAUCGGUUCAGCCUUCCCUACUUCCUUCAACAAGUUCUAUAGCGAUGUCAAGGUCUGAAGGGGAUCACACCAUGCCUUCUGUGAGCAUUCUCUGGCCACGACCGGGAAUUGCUGACCCACCAGAGGCUUCACCAUCGUCCUCCAAUAUACCCAAUACUACCUCAAGCUCGCUAGUCACCUCAAGCUCGCUAGCCAGCUCAUCUACGCCCGAUACCGUAGGAAGCAGCACAAGUAUAGGAUGGAGCAUCUCGCCGACGAUAAGCUCGACUGGGCUCGUUGGUUCUACCAGUCAGAGUAGCGAUUUAUCCACUUCAACUAGUAGCGAGACUUCCACUAUUGAAACCUCGUCGCAAGUGACUAGUGUGAGCACUCUCACUACUCCCGAUGGGACGGGAUUUGGCGAGGCCACGACGAUGCUGACCACCGCUGGCCCGAGUCGUCCCGAUCAAAGCUCAUCCAGCUUUGGCCCCGCGACUCCUCCUUCAUCGACCCCCUCUCACAGCACAACCAUAAAAGUGUCCGCUAUCGAUAAACAUUUCGUAGGAACCAUUUUCUAG